AUUUAUGGCAACAAAGGAACACAGUCUUUAUAAAUUAGUAAGCAAAGAUUAAGCUGAAGCAUUUGCAUGGUCUUUUGAGGGUCCAAAUACAGAGGCAGUCCUCUAUCCAUUUUAAUUCCCUCCCCUUAGACCAGAUGAAGUUAGAAUUCAAUAGACAUAUUUUGGUUUAUGCUAUACAGAUUGUAAAAUGUAUAAUUUAUUUUUUAGGUCAUCUUGUUAAUUAAGAUUGGUUCCCAAUUAGUUAUCCAAGUGUUCCUGGACAUGAAAUCUUAGGUCAUAUAGUAUAAAAAGGAGACUAAGUAACACAAUUUUAAAUUGGUGACUUGGUUGGAGCAGGAUUUAUAAGAGAUAGUUGUGGAAAAUGCAAAUAAUGUAUUUUAGGAAAUGAUUAAUUGUGUGGAUAAGUUGGUAAUGAACAUUUAAUUCCAAUUCCAAAAUUCGGUGGAUUUGCUACUCAUGUCUAAUUACCAGCAAAAUGGACAUUCCCAAUUCCAAAUACAAUUCCAUAACAUCUUGCACCUCCUCUUUUGUGUGCAGGUAUUACAGUAUAUGCUCCACUUAAAAGACAUUUUGGAGCCAAUAAAAAUGUUGGUAUCUUAGGAAUAGGUGGUCUUGGACAUUUAGCAAUUAAAUUUUCUGCUGCUUUAGGCAUGAGAACAACAGCUAUUUCUACAUCAGCAGAUAAAGAAGAAGAGGCAAGAUCAUAUGGUGCUACUGAUUUCAUUUGUACUAAAAAUCAAGAAUAGAUGGUUAAAUCAUAAGGAAAAUUUGAUAUGAUUUUAAGUUGUGCUAGUGCUAAUACAGUUGAUGAAUUCAUUGCUUAUACAAAUUUACUCAAAAAUGGAGGUGAUUUUGUUAUGGUUGGUAUCCCUGCACUUACAAAAGUUGAACUCCAAUUACCAUUUUUUGCUAUGGUUGUAAGAUAAAUUUCUUUUGUUGGAUCUCUUGUUGGAUCAAGACAAGUAUAUUUAAAUAUUAAGGUUUUUAGGAAAACUAUGAAAUGAUUGAGUUUGCCAAUAAACAUAAGAUAUAUCCUACUUGUGAGUAAUUCGAGUUUGAAAAUUUCAAAGGUGCUUAUGAUAAAUUGUUAAAUGGAAGACCCAAAUAUAGAUGUGUUGUCAAAGUUGGCAAUGCUCCAGAAACACUCAAAUAAUGAGAGUAUUAUAUAAAGAAUCAAAUUAAAUUAUUAUAUUUCUCUCUCUCUCUUUUUUUUGUAUUUAGAUAUAUUAAAAUAUUGAUAUAUAUAUAUUUUAAUAAGUUUUAAAUAAAAUUAAUAAUCAAUUUUUCUUUCUUGGUUAUUUACAAAUAUAAUCUUUCAAUUAUAUCAAUCUUUCCUUCAUUUAUUCAUAAAACUAUUAAAACAAAAAGAUUAAUUAAAUAAAUAUUGAGANAAGGUCAUCUUGUUAAUUAAGAUUGGUUCCCAAUUAGUUAUCCAAGUGUUCCUGGACAUGAAAUCUUAGGUCAUAUAGUAUAAAAAGGAGACUAAGUAACACAAUUUUAAAUUGGUGACUUGGUUGGAGCAGGAUUUAUAAGAGAUAGUUGUGGAAAAUGCAAAUAAUGUAUUUUAGGAAAUGAUUAAUUGUGUGGAUAAGUUGGUAAUGAACAUUUAAUUCCAAUUCCAAAAUUCGGUGGAUUUGCUACUCAUGUCUAAUUACCAGCAAAAUGGACAUUCCCAAUUCCAAAUACAAUUCCAUAACAUCUUGCACCUCCUCUUUUGUGUGCAGGUAUUACAGUAUAUGCUCCACUUAAAAGACAUUUUGGAGCCAAUAAAAAUGUUGGUAUCUUAGGAAUAGGUGGUCUUGGACAUUUAGCAAUUAAAUUUUCUGCUGCUUUAGGCAUGAGAACAACAGCUAUUUCUACAUCAGCAGAUAAAGAAGAAGAGGCAAGAUCAUAUGGUGCUACUGAUUUCAUUUGUACUAAAAAUCAAGAAUAGAUGGUUAAAUCAUAAGGAAAAUUUGAUAUGAUUUUAAGUUGUGCUAGUGCUAAUACAGUUGAUGAAUUCAUUGCUUAUACAAAUUUACUCAAAAAUGGAGGUGAUUUUGUUAUGGUUGGUAUCCCUGCACUUACAAAAGUUGAACUCCAAUUACCAUUUUUUGCUAUGGUUGUAAGAUAAAUUUCUUUUGUUGGAUCUCUUGUUGGAUCAAGACAAGUAUAUUUAAAUAUUAAGGUUUUUAGGAAAACUAUGAAAUGAUUGAGUUUGCCAAUAAACAUAAGAUAUAUCCUACUUGUGAGUAAUUCGAGUUUGAAAAUUUCAAAGGUGCUUAUGAUAAAUUGUUAAAUGGAAGACCCAAAUAUAGAUGUGUUGUUAAAGUUGGUAAUGCUCCAGAAACACUCAAAUAAUGAGAGUAUUAUAUAAAGAAUCAAAUUAAAU